AUGUACAUUCAGAUGACUGACGGAGCUCCUCCGCCACCGGAGCAAAGUUCGUUUGACCACCGGAUUGAAGAGCUUGAGAGACAGAAAGAGAUCGACGAUUGGCUUCCGAUCACUUCAUCGAGAAACGCGAAAUGGUGGUACUCCACGUUUCACAACGUGACCGCCAUGGUUGGAGCCGGCGUCCUUGCCCUCCCUUACUCCAUGGCCCAGCUCGGAUGGGGUCCAGGUGUAACAGUACUCUUACUAUCAUGGAUCAUAACACUCUACACGUUAUGGCAAAUGGUGGAGAUGCAUGAGAUGGUUCCUGGGAAACGCUUUGACCGCUACCAUGAACUUGGCCAGUUCGCGUUCGGCGAACGUCUUGGUCUCUAUAUCAUCGUCCCUCAGCAAAUCGUUGUCGAAGUAGGAGUAUGCAUAGUUUAUAUGGUGACCGGAGGACAAUCGUUGAAGAAUUUUCAUGAACUCGUCUGUCAAGAUUGCUCACCAAUCAGACUUACUUUCUUCAUAAUGAUAUUCGCUUCCUCUCAUUUCGUUUUGUCUCAUCUCCCAAACUUGAAUUCCAUCUCCCUUGUCUCUCUUGUUGCCGCCGUCAUGUCUCUUAGUUAUUCGACAAUCGCUUGGACCGCUACAGCUGCAAAGGGCGUUCAAGAAGACGUUCAGUACGGCUAUAAAGGGAGCACAAUCGCGGCCACGGUCUUAAACUUUUUCACAGGACUUGGGGGAAUUGCAUUUUCUUAUGCAGGUCACAAUGUGGUGCUUGAGAUCCAAGCAACGAUACCUUCUACUCCAAGUAACCCUUCUAAAGGUCCUAUGUGGAAAGGAGUCGUGGUGGCUUACGUGGUCGUGGCCUUGUGUUACUUCCCCCUUGCUUUGGUUGGCUACGGCGUUUUCGGAAAUGAUGUCUCGGAUAACGUUUUGAUAUCGCUCAAGACUCCUGUUUGGGCCAUCGCACUCGCUAACUUGUUUGUGGUUAUGCAUGUUAUUGGCAGUUAUCAGAUAUUCGCAAUGCCCGUUUUCGAUAUGGUGGAGACAUUUUUGGUUAAGAAACUGAAUUUCAAACCCUCUUCCAUUCUUCGUUUCGUCGUACGGAAUGUGUAUGUUGCUUUAACGAUGUUCAUCGCAAUAAUGGUACCAUUCUUUGGCGGCCUUCUCGCUUUUUUUGGAGGAUUCGCAUUUGCUCCAACAACUUAUUUUCUUCCUUGCAUAAUGUGGCUGAUAAUCUAUAAACCAAAGAGGUUUAGCUUAUCGUGGUGGACGAAUUGGGUAUGCAUAGUACUUGGAGUUAUUUUGAUGAUCCUAUCAUCACUAGGAGGAUUAAGGCAAAUCAUCAUUCAAUCCAAAGAUUACAGUUUCUUCUCUUGA